CUGUGAGACGGUUAUGGAACGAGCCCGCAGAAAUGAGUUAAAUAAUGUGAGAGGCGAGGGAGAUGAUAGAUUAAGAGAACAGGAGCAAAGUGACUUCUGCAAUAUAAAUAACGUCCAGGGAAACAAAGAGGGGAAUCAACAGGGAUUUAGGUGUGAUGAGACAAAAGAAUAAAGGAUGCCUUACAAGAGGGGCUGCUCGCGAGCCUGGAUUGUACUUUAAAGCACAGCGACGGAUCUAUCCCUUCCCCCUCCCGUGCCUCCGGAUCAUGAGACUUGAUUGAAAGCUAGUAUCUCAUGAUUCCUCCUCCUCCAUCUAUGGCGAACUACAGCCAUGCGGCCGACCACAGCUUCCUGCAGAGUGUCUCCCCACUGGCCACCUUCCUCAAACUGACCUCCCUGGGAUUCAUCAUCGGCGUCGGCGUGGUGGGCAACCUCCUGAUCUCCAUCCUCCUGGUGAAAGACAAGAGCCUGCACAGGGCGCCCUACUACUUCCUGCUGGACCUGUGCGCCUCGGACAUCCUGCGCUCCGCCGUCUGCUUCCCCUUCGUCUUCACCUCCGUCAAGAACGGCUCGGCCUGGACGUACGGCACGCUCACCUGCAAGGUGAUCGCCUUCCUGGGCGUGCUCUCCUGCUUCCACACCGCCUUCAUGCUCUUCUGCGUCAGCGUCACGCGCUACCUGGCCAUCGCGCACCACCGCUUCUACACCAAGCGGCUCACCUUCUGGACCUGCCUGGCCGUCAUCUGCAUGGUGUGGACGCUGUCCGUCGCCAUGGCGUUCCCGCCGGUGCUGGACGUGGGGACGUACUCCUUCAUCCGGGAGGAGGACCAGUGCACGUUCCAGCACCGCUCCUUCAGGGCCAACGACUCGCUGGGCUUCAUGCUGCUGCUGGCCCUCAUCCUCCUCGCCACGCAGCUCGUCUACCUCAAGCUCAUCUUCUUCGUCCACGACCGGCGGAAGAUGAAGCCGGUGCAGUUCGUGCCGGCCGUCAGCCAGAACUGGACCUUCCACGGGCCCGGGGCCAGCGGCCAGGCGGCCGCCAACUGGCUGGCGGGAUUCGGCAGGGGCCCCACCCCGCCCACCCUGCUGGGGAUCCGGCAGAACACCAACGCGGCGGGGCGGCGGCGCCUGCUGGUGCUGGACGAGUUCAAAACGGAAAAGAGGAUAAGCAGGAUGUUCUACGCCGUCACCUUCUUCUUCCUGGCGCUCUGGGGGCCCUACCUGGUGGCCUGCUACUGGAGGGUGUUCGCCAGGGGCCCCGUGGUGCCCGCCGGGUACCUGACUGCAGCCGUCUGGAUGAGCUUCGCCCAGGCCGGGGUCAACCCCUUCAUCUGCAUCUUCUCCAAUCGGGAGCUGAGGCGCUGUUUCAGCACCACCCUGCUUUACUGCAGAAAAUCCAGGUUACCAAGGGAACCCUACUGUGUUAUAUGAAGAAAUGGUUCUGUGAUUGAUCUCUGGUCAGGCCCUGCUGUACAGUUCCUUUCCCUUUGUCUUUCUCCUCCUUGAGCUGGCAGAAGUCGGACUGUCAAUCACCUUUUUUUUUCAGAAUAUGGUUAUGAGAAAAAAAAAGCCUACCACAAUGGGAAAAGGUGAAGGAGAGCAGAAGAUCUAUGACACUCACAGGAAAAUGGUGAGCCCUCCUGAGUUUAUGUUCUAAUAAACCAUUCGCUGUGGAAA